UGUUGCUUCUAACCUAGCCUUAAAAGUAGUUAGCGAUCUAGCUCUAGGCGCAGAUAGCCGCAUUUUAGCCACACAAAAAAAGCUUAAAAGUUCAUUUCUAACCAGGAUUUGCCACGUUUUUCAUUUUAGGAUAGCGCCGCGGUGUUGUCGGACGGAGGAGGACCGAGCGGGGCGUGCGUGCUGGCUGUCCCCGACCCCCGAAAAGCCGAAAAGCGAUCGCAACCGCCGCUUUUUUUGGGGAGGAUUUUGCGUCUACAGCUGGACGUGACAAGCGAGACGACGUCAGAUCUCGGAGUGAAAGUGCCUUUAAAGACCUCUGCUCCUACUUGAAGAAAAAAAAAAAAAUCCAACGUUUAAUCGGAUAAUUCCCGGACCAAUCUCCCUCUUCUCUUCCCGUUUUUUUUUUUUUUUUUUGAACAAGCUCGAACAAAGAAAGCCAUGUUGCAUCCCUGCUUAAAAUAGCUCCGCAUCUAGAAUAAUCACUCACGUAACGGACAUUUUGGGGACGGUUUCUCGGCCGGUCGCAACUAUUUUAAACGCGAGCGAUGCCACGUCUUAGUUUCGCAUUUCCCACGUCGUAAUUCGCCAAAUAACGAACCGAAAACCUCCCAUGUUCCCUUUAAAAAACGCUUACAGUCGUUCAACAGCGAGCGGACUUUCUUCGAAGCGGCGUUUUUAGCGUUUCCGGGGGUCGAGGAUUUUUUUUGUUUGUUUUUUUUUUUUUUUUUUUUUUAUUAAAUCGAUUUCGGUCGACCGGCGACGUCAUGGCCCUGAACAUAGCGUCGAUACGGGACACGAAAUGGCUGACGCUGGAGGUGUGCCGGCAGUUCCAGAGGGGCACGUGCUCCAGGAGCGACGAGGAGUGCAAGUUCGCCCAUCCGCCCAAAAGCUGCACCGUGGACAACGGCAGAGUCAUCGCCUGUUUCGACUCGCUAAAGGGUCGCUGCACGAGAGAAAACUGCAAGUACCUCCAUCCUCCGGCUCACCUCAAAACUCAGCUGGAGAUAAACGGACGAAACAACCUGAUCCAGCAGAAGACCGCCGCCGCCAUGUUGGCCCAGCAGAUGCAGUUCAUGAUCCCGGGAACCACCAUGCAGCCCGUGACGUUCCCCAUGGGUCAGACUCUGGGUUCUGGAGCUGGACUCAGUUACUCUCCGUACAUCACGCCCAUGUCCCACAGCGUGAGCCUGAUGCCCUCAGACCUGCUGCCCUCCGGUCCGGUGAUCGUACCAGGAAGCCCCUCCGUCUCCGUGGGAACCGGGAACUCGGCCGGACAGAAGCUGCUGCGCACCGACAAACUAGAGGUGUGCCGUGAGUUCCAGCGUGGAAACUGCGCCCGGGGGGAGACGGACUGCAGGUUCGCUCACCCGUCGGACUCGCCCAUGAUCGACACCAGUGACAACACCGUCACCGUGUGCAUGGACUUCAUCAAGAGCCGCUGCUCCAGAGAAAAGUGCAAAUACUUCCACCCCCCGGCCCACCUCCAGGCCAAGAUCAAGGCGGCCCAGCACCAGGCCAACCAGACCGCCGUGGCUGCUCAGGCGGCCGCUAUGACACACUCCGCCGCCAAAGUACUGAAGCGUCCCCACGAGGCAACCGUAGACAUGGCGUUUCCACACGGGGUCCUGCAGCCGUUACCAAAGAGACCAGCGCUGGACAAAACCAACGGAGCCUCGUCUCUGUUCAACCCAAAUGUUCUGCACUAUCAGCAAGCCCUGGCCAACGCACAGCUCCAGCAGCCCGCCUUCUUCCCCACAGGAUCAGUGUUGUGCAUGACGCCUGCUCCCAGUCUGGCAUCAGCUCCUCCAGCCAGUGUCCCCUACGCAGCCUCCACCUCAGCCAAUCAGAUCAUCCUGAAGUGAGCAUGGAGAACAAGGACGGAGAAGAGUCGCUCACGAGCCCCAAACCUCCUCUGUGUAAAUACUAUAUCUCCAACGCCAUAGAACUUCAGCAGCCUGCAUGUUAAAGACUCAAAUAUCCAGUCAAAAAAUACAAAAAUGUACCUGUAACUUCUCAAAAUCUCAAAAAUAUCCUUAUGUACAGUAGAUAUUCUAGACGAAAAGGCCAUGUUAACCAACCAAAACAGUCCUAGUGCUACUUAACUCCGAACGGAACUUCUGAAUACUUUUAUUUUUAUUUUUAUUUCGAUCCAAUACUGAAUGUCCAACUGGAGAAGACGCUAAACUCCAGACGCCAUCUUGUUUUUACAUCGUUAUGAUUUCACAAAAAACUUUUCAUCAUCGCCACGACGACAACAGGAAGAAGAAAAACUCAUCAUCAUGGAAACGUCAAAGUCAAAUCGCCAAAAAAAGAAAAUAUAAAAAAAAAAUAAAAAUGGAGAAAGCCAGAGUUCACUACACCAUCAAAAAUCCAGGAAAGAUUUAGUGUUAGGAAUUAUUUAACGCCCUAAAAAUAUUUCAAAAUUCAGAAAGUUCAGAAGUUUUGUUUAUCGCCAUGACAACGAGAAGAAAUUCAGCAUGGAAAUUUUAAAUGGCCAAAAAAAAUAAAUAAAUUGGAGAAAGCCAGAGUCAAACGUAUCAUUAAAAAUUCAAAAGAUUUAGUGUUAUUUAGAAUUAUUUCACACCCUAAAAAUUUCAAUUCUGAAAUUCUGAAAAGUUUUGUUUAUCGCCAUGACGAGAAGAAAUUCAGCAUGGAAACCAUCAAAUGGACAAAAUUGGAAAAAAAAAAAAAAAGAAAAAAGUUGGAGUUUAUAUUAUUAAGAAUUAUUGUUGGCCUUUAGUUUUUUCAAAUUUUAAAAAGUAUUUAUUUAUCGCCAUGACAACAAGAAGAUUUCAGUGCAAAAAUGUCAAAUUGACAAAAUUGGAAAAAGCCAGAAUAACAAUAUGUAGUGUUAAGAAUAAUUUCACGCCAUUAAAAUUUCAAAAUGCUAAAAAUUUUUCUUCAUUGCCAAGAAGAAAUUCAGCACUGAAACGUCAAAUGGCCAGAAUUGAAAAGAGACAGUUUUGCAUCCAAAUAAAAAAAAAAAAUUAAAAUAAAAAUUCUUUCCAGAAAAAUUUCCUCAAAUAUCAAAUCUCCAUUGUGGGAAAAAAAUUAUACCAUACUAACAAAUCUAGUCGAUAUUUAGUGUUAAGAAUUAUUUUACAUUUCAGAAUAAAAAAAAAAAAAUCUUCAUCGCCAUGACAACGAGAAGAAAUUAAGCAUGAAGACAUUAAAUCGCCCAAAAUAGGAAAAAGCCAGUUUUUAAAAAGUCAACAAAUAAUUCAUGUUAAGAAUUAUUUCCAUUAAAAUUUCAAAAUCCCAAAAAAACUUUUCCUCAUCGCCAUGACAACAACAAGAAGAAGAAAUUCAGCAUGGAAACGCCAAAUGGCCAAAACUGGAAAGAGAGUUUUUAUUCAACAAAAAAAUUAUUUAUAUUUCCAUUAAAAACCUAAUUCAGUAAAUAUUUAGUGUUAAGAAGUAUUUCACGUCAUUAAAAUGUCAAAAUUCAAUAAAACUUUUCCUCAUCGCCAUGACGACAAGAAGAAAUCAGCAUGGAAACCGCCAUCGGAUCAUCCAAAUUGGAAAGAAGCCAGUUUUUUUGCAUCAAAUCCAACAGCUAUUUAUUGUUUAAAAAAAAAAGAAAGAAAAUUGUGCACAUUUUUUGCAUGCAACGAAUGAAAGAAGUUUAAAGAUUUUGUAAGGUCUGCCGGCAGACUCGGAAGUUUGGGAAUCCAAGCUUGAAAAAGGUUUUAAAAGUGCUAAAAUCUAUUAAAAAAAAAAUAAAAAAAAAAAUAAAAAUAGUGGUGCGUUUGACAAAUAAAAAGAUAUGACUUGAACUUAGGAUCAGAGGGCUGUGUCAUUCGAACUGUGCUCCCUCUGUCACCGAAAUCCUUCACGUUAGGAGAAAAAAAAAAACAUUUGUAGAAGAAGUGCCUAAAAUCGCUCAUCGAAAACAUAAAAAAAUCCACAUUUACCGAAAAAGUUGCUGAAAUUUUGGCAGUUUUUUCAGUUUCAUGGACCUUGUUUGAGAAAUGUUGUUAAGUGAUUUUAAAUAAGAAGAAAUAGACAAAUCAGACUAGCUGUUUGGUGUUAAGAGUGGGAACUGUUAAAAGGGGUGUCACGAUUCACCAAAAUUAAGUCCGAACGAUAAUAAUAAAUCAAAAUUAUGACUAUUGAUGCUUCGUACUGGCGGCGUUCUGUCUGAUAAGCUUGAAAAAGGUCUAAAAACUUAAGAAAAAACACACAAAAUUGAGUUAAACAGCGCAUUUUCAGGAGCUUGUGUAUUAAAAUAAAGCUCGGAUUAAUGUCUAACUUGAGUAAAAAAGCUUCAGACGGAGCAGUGCCUACAGUUAGCGUCACACCGCCAGGGAAUGUUGAUGACGUCAGCUGCAAAAUAUCAAUAAUUUCAUUUUUUUUAUCAUAAUUUUCAGAGCUUUUUCGACACUCAGACUUCUGUAGCCGUACCUGACCUGGGGCGGAUCGACAAAAAAAAAAAGUGGUUUCAAGUCUGCGUCAACGGGAUCUCCAACCAUUUACCCCGUCACACAACAAUUUCAAACAUAAAUAAGGGUUUGAAAAGUGUCUUGCCCAAGUACACAACAACAGGACACACUUUUUGGCGCUGGAACUGAACCAAAAACUUUUCAAUUUGAAGAAAUUUUGAACCACUUUAUGUUCAUAAUUUGUACAAUUUUAGGUUCCUAGCAGCAAAUAUGUCCAACUAAUAUGUUAAAAUUUUUCACAUUUUAGUUUUAAAUUACAAAUUCUUAAUAAUUAAAGUCUCUGAACCUGAUUUUUACAGUCUUAAAAACAAGAAAAACAGAAUUUGUUAAUUUGAAAAGUUUGCAGGAGUCCAAAGUUCUUCCUCACUUACCUUAUGGAUUCAGAGCGUCCUAAUUAUUUAUUAUGAUGAGUUUAUAAGCUCUUUUCAACAACUAGCAUGCUAACACACGCUUCCUGAUUAUCUGACAUUGGCCACGUUUACAUGAGAGUGUUAAUUCCGAAUAAAAAUUAUUAAAUUCUGAAUAAAAAUGAAUGUAAACACUUAAUUCCUAAUAAAAAUGAUGACUUAAUUCCGAAGUAAGUGGGUGGUUUAUUCCGAUUUUAAAGCCGAGUUAAUUUAGUCCUCGAUCAUGUAAGCGUUUAUUCUUCUUAAAAAUAAUGUCGGUCGUUCAGCGCAUUCUCGUUGCGUCGUCCUUCGAUCCGGCUCCACCAGUCCUGGCUUCGGACUUUCCUCCACGUCUCUUUGGAUUUGUGAGCGGGAUGCGGGAGUGGGCUGAGGUAGAGCAGCCUCACACUCACUUUGUCUUCUUCCUCUCUUCUCCGACGCUCUUCCCUUCUCCUUCUCAGCCGACAGACGUAAAGCGCGAUGAGAAAAUUCUCCCGCCGCUGCGCAAUUAUCAUCGGAACGACCGCGGGAAAAGUUCGGAUCGUGUUUGUGUCCGUGAAGUUGACUUAAAUAUGUUCACGUCUCUGUCCAACCAGAACUCUUCCCCACCCCCAGCCAGACGUUGAACGGAAUUAAAUAAAGUUGAUUUAACGAGUUUUCCUUGUAAGCCUCAAUUCAGAAUUAUUACUUCCAUGUAAAUAAUUAAAUUCUGAACUAAACAUCAUGUAAACGUGGCCAAUAAAACGCUGAUUUAGACAGUACACAACGGACAAAAACAUUGGGUACAAGAUCGUUUUAUCGAUAUAUAAAGUCGUUUAAAAGACUUUAAUUAUGGGCUGUCGCUUUCUCUGACUCCUCCCGGGCAAAACUAACAAGUUGGUUCACAAAUAAAAGUGUGUUGCUCGAGGAUACACUGGUCAGUUUAGUCUUGAGCAAAUCUCUCUACCAACUGAGCCACUUUCAUAUUUCAAAUUAAAACUUUUGUCAUUUUUAUUAUUUUUUUAAAUAUAAAAUUUUGGCUCAAAAUCGUGACACCCCUGAUUCAUUUUUACCAUGUUUUUGAGUAGUUUACACGAAGAAUGUGAGUGAGAAAAAAUUGUAUUGUGAAAUUGUAAUGUUUGUUCAAGUGUCUUUUAUUUUGAAAAGUUUUUAGAAAUGUUAUUUAAAACGAUGAGAUGUUUUGUCUGGUAUGUCUGGACUCGUUCGUAUUUAAAGAGGGGGUAUUAUACUGGUUUAAAUUUGUUUGUUUUUUCGCUUUCUCCCACGUUGAUGUCGUCUCUGCGUGUUUGAGUAAUCUAGCGAUCUCUCCCACACUAUUUAAACCCACAAGUUGACGCUUCAACUCGAAAAUUCUGCAUAAAUAUACACAAACACGAUACAAAAUUGUGCACUACGACUACACAAACAUGACAAGAUUGUGUUGCGACGGCGCUCUGAAGGGGAGUGACUCAGCACAGAGAGCACAUGGGAGCUGAGACAAUAAAAUUUAACAUCGUGUCUAUGUUUAUGAUUAUGUUUUAGCAGCUAAAAGUAAAAUACCCUCUCUUUAAACCAAAACAUCACAAUUUAGGCCUUUAGUUUUGGAAAUUUUAAUUUAUUUUUCAAAAUUUUUGGAUGUAAUUUCAUGGUGCUUGAAAUACAUUGACAAUCCACCAUCUCUUUAACUCAAGAUAUUUUAAAGUUCUUUUUUUUUGUUUUUUGUUAUUGUCCAAAAUACAUUCUAAUAGUUCUGUAACGUUUUGAUCGUGGAAGAUGGUUUGAAAAAGUUCGAUUUUGUUGUUACUUUUGGUCAAAUUUUAGUCGAGAAAAAUGUUGUAUUUUCAAGAUGAAUGUAAUUUAUUAACCUGUGCCGCGUCCCGUGCGAUUGGUCGGUUUGAAUCUGUCGGCGAAUCAGAGGCGAGGGUUCGGGGAAAGGGGCGGGGCUUAUGCUGCGUUCAUGUGGAUCAUUGGACGGUUUUGGAAGAUUUUGGUCAAAUUCAUCGCUUUUUUUUGGAAAAUUUUGUCAUUAAUAACUUUUUAUUUGUAAUCUCUGAUGUACCAAAAUGUUGUGAAUGUUUAAAAAAGUAGAAAAAUUUGAAGAAAUUCUAAUAUUAAGAGUUUAAAUGAGAGAUUGUAGUUAACCAGCAAUGUAAUAAUGUACGUGUUUUUUGUUAUUUUCAAUCCAAAAAAUAACAUUUAAAGCUGCUCUAUGGAACUUUUCUGCUGGAGGAAGCUCUGUCACGUUCUUGUCUCCAUGGAGAUCUUAUUGCUUUCCCCGGAAUGUUCCACAGUAUGUCCUCAAACUCAAAGCAAUCUCGUAUUUAUUCAUUACGUGAAGGUGUUUUAUUGCCUUAAAAACACGCUUUUUUUUUCUGUGAGUGGGCUCGCUUCUCCAGUGAUCUGACCCGUAACUUGGUCUCGUGGCGUCGCCUGCUUGUCUCCGUGGGAAUAAGCAAGUUUAAAGCCAUACUGUGGAAUAUUCUAGGCAAAACAAUAGAAUUUACAUGGGGGAAAAAAGCAGUGGCAUACCUUCCAGCAGAAAUCCUACGUAGUUCGAAUUGCAUUUUGUUAUAAUUUUGUGAUUUUUAGAUUUAAGAUUUAAAAAUUUCAUAUUUGAUCAAAAUGUUCUGCUUUUGGACCAUUUAAAGCCAUACUGUGGAAUAUUCUAAGCACAGUAAUAGAAUUUACACAGAAAAAAAGCAGUGGCAUACCUUCUCGCAGAAACCCUGCAUAAGUCGAAUUUAGUUAUAUUAUAAUUUUGUGUUUUUUAGAUUUAGGAUUAAAAAAAAUCAUAUUUGAUCACAAUUUUCUUCCGAAUCAGACCAUUUAAAGCCAUACUAUGGAAUAUUCUACGCAAAAUAAUAGAAUUUAUAUGGAAAAAACACAGUGGCAUACCUUCCAGCAGAAAUCCUACAUAGUCCAAAUUGAGUUAUGGUAUAAUUUUGUGUUUUUUAGAUUAAAGAUUUAAAAAUUUCAUAAUAUUAGAUCACAAUUUUCUUCUUUCGGACCAUUGAAACGACAUGAACGCCUCGCGUAUCCCGUUAAAUGUACAGCCUCUUCUUCCUCGCUUCUGAUUGGCCCAAACCGAUCACAUGACGCAGCGACGCGUGCGCAGUUAUAGCAUUGUGUUGUUGGAAAAAAAAUGUUAAUUGUAUAGAAAACAUUUUACCAAAAAAAUCUCUAUAAAAGUUAAAAAAAGA